AUGGAUCAGCAUGAACGCAAAUCGCCAGUGUCGUUCCGACUACGCAGACAGCCCAAUCAUGAAAGCAGCCGUGACAUUUUGAAUAACAGUAAGGAAACCACUACUAUGCGACGUUCCACAUCCAUGUCAAUGAGGUCGGCAGCGAGCAGCGGCAGUGGGACCUUUACGAUUGAUUCCAGUGACCGACGGAGCACUAAAUCGUCUCGAGAUAUGUUGUCAACAAGCGAACAUAAUAAUUCUUCAGCGUUCAAGUCCCAUAGAGAUCUAUUGACAACAAGCGACCACAGUAAUUCCUUUGUUUUCAUUAAGUCUCCGGCGUUUAAUCCAAGAAUACAAGAACUUACCAUCAAUAAACUCAAGUAUGAUGCCUUGGGACUGGUUGGACGAGAUAAAGAGGUGACGAUACUCAAAGAACGCUGCGAUCGAGCGCUAAACGAUACGAUAAAAGAAUUAAUCGUCAUCAAAGGAACGAGCGGACUGGGGAAGAGUUCUCUCACAAAAACAGUCGAAGAACAAAUAUCAGGCAGCGACAGAGGAAUCGUUGGAAGGGGGAAAUUCAACCUAGAGAGUGGCACGCAGCCAUACUCUGGUCUGGUGGAUGCGUUGAAUCAGCUCUAUCAGGACGCAUUGGUGACGGACGGAGAAACAGAACAAAUGAAGAAACAGCUAGCGUUGGAACUGGGAGAUGACAGGACUCUUUUGGCGGCAUUGAUUCCAGCUUUAGAGACAUUGGCACCGGCAGACUUCCUUUUGGCUCAAAGAAGUGUCCUCGUGCAAGAACUGUACAAUCCGGAUGCCGAACAAGCCAAAUGGAAGAAUGCCUUCAAGGUUUUCAUUCGUGUAUUGUGCCAACACUGUUCACCGCUAGUAAUUAUUCUGGAUGAUUUGCAGUGGGCAGAUCGAUCAUCAUUGGGUGUCAUUGAAGAUUUGCUGUCGGAUCCAUUCAAUAAAGAAUCACUGAUGAUCAUUGGGACAUUUCGCUCAGACGAAGUCGAUCCAGAGGAUACAUUGUCGACUGUGUUGCAGACUCUGGAAAAGAAGAAAAAGAAGUUCCAUUUUGACAUGACCCAUAUAGAGCCAAAGAAUUUAGAUGCGGAUGGUGUACACGAAAUUAUCAUGGCACUGUUGGGGAUGGAUGACAAAGAUGCCACGCGGGGAUUGGCUAAGACAUGCUUCAAGCGCACUCUGGGGAACCCAAACUUUGUGGUGCAGUUCAUUGCGAUGCUGGAAGAAGAGCAAUUGAUAUCGUUUAACUUGGGAUUGCUAAAGUGGGUCUGGGACGACAGGGCGAUUGAAGAUGGGACCAUGUCUACGGAAAAUGUUGUUGACUUGCUGCAACUUCGAAUGAAGAAAUUGUCGUCUGAUUUGCGGUUGCUGAUGCAAUAUGCUGCGUGUCUUGGAUCAACAUUUGACCCAUCCGUCCUUGCUCUGUUAUGGGAAAAGCAUGGAUCAAGUACCAGGGAUCUGAAUGUGACAGAGGAGGAUCCUACAAUGGCGCUACUUGUAAAACUCGAAAAAGGCAAUUUUGUAGAACAUGAGGACGGAGAAUACUAUCGAUGGGUUCACGACAAGGUUCAAGAAGCGGCCCUCGACAUGGAAGAAGCUCAAAGAUCAUCGUUUUACUUUGAAGUCGGGUUCACUUUACUCAAUGAUCUUCCUGACGACAAACUUGAACUCUUGCUGUUUGUUGUCACAAAUCUCAUCAACAAGUCGAAUGUUCAUGGACGGUUGGAAUUUGCGCAACUCAACUUGAGGGCGGCCGAGAAAGCACAGCGUCUGUCUGCAUUUUACAGUGGCGCCAAGUAUGCAGCGAAGACUAUUGAGAUGUUACCCAAUGAAAGGUGGAACGAGCAUCGUGAAUUGGCCCUGAACGCAUAUACCAUGGGGGCAGAAAUGGAAGUGGCGACGGGGAAUGUUGAGAUUGCCGAAGAAUACUGCGAUGUGAUUCUGAAGAGAGAUGAUUACACGGCACUGGAAAAAUUCCGCUUGUACAUGGUGAAGAUUAAUAUACUGUGCUUCGUCAAUGUAAGAUACCGAGAGGCCAUUGAUUUCAGCCUUGAGGUUCUGAAAGAGUUCGACUGCAAACUUGUCCAUACUCGCCUCCUCCUCCCCGUGCACGCAAUUCGAUCGGUACAAAAGACGAUAAAACUCGCGAAGAAAACCACAAAGGCAGAAUACCAGGCUUUGAAGCCUUCCGAUAAUGUCAAACUUGAGGCAACCAUGACCAUAUUGGGACGAAUGAACUAUGCAUGUGCCCAGUUGCCGAGUCCGCUUCUUUUGGCCUUGUCGACAACAAAGAUGGUGAACAUGACGUUGGAACACGGUCUGUUUUCGUUUUCGGGAGCUGCCCAAUGUAUUUUGGGUAUGGUUAGCUUGGCGGCGUUAGGGGACGUUCAAUCCGCUACUUACUUUGCGGAGACCGGUGCCCUGAUGCAGAAGUCCAUACCAUCGACACACUUUUUAGCUACGACAGUCUUGGUAUCACACCAGCUAAUUUUGCCAUGGUCUUCUCCCCUCGCGAUUUGUCGGCCAAAACUGCUUGAAGGAUACACGGAAGGCAUGAGAACUGGUAACCUUUCUGAUGGCAUUUGGUGUUUGGUUGCUCACACUCUCUUCAUGCCGAUACAAAUGGGAAUGCGCUUACAAACCAUCGACAGCAAUAUGCAAAUGCAUAUUCGAGUGAUUGAAGAUUUGAAACAAUCAAAUCAUGUUGACUUCAUUCGACUUUUUGUGCAAAUAUUGUCAGAUCUGAUUGGAGAGUCGGAUCAAUCGACAGUGAUGAGUACAAAUAGUGUGUUUAGUGACGAGGACGGUAUCAAAGCGAAGAAUCGCCGUGCUGUGUUGUCUCUCGCGAAUUAUAUUUUAAUGGUAUACUCUAGCGAUUUUGAGGAAGCAGCGAAGCUUUCUCUAACAAAAGGAGGGGUGUACCAGAAUCAUUUCAAAAUGGAUUCAAUGGGGGCUUAUGAAUCAUUCCUGAGGGGAGUGGCGCUUUUCGCAAUGGCGAGGAAAACUAAGAAGCGACGAUACCGAAAUCCUGCCGCUAAAGUCCUCAAGUACAUCGCAAAGCUUAGAAAAGAAGGAAAUCCAAACGUCCAACCCUAUUUCACACUGCUCAGUGCAGAACAAGCAGCUCUGAACAAGGACACCGGACGGGCCAAGAAGUUGUAUCAGGAAACCAUUGUGUAUGCUGCCAAAACGGGUCAACUGAAUCACGCUGCUCUCUCCAAUGAACGGUACUCCGACUUUUUGUUGAACGAGCUCCAUGAUUCACAAGAAGCAAAGUAUCGAAUGGAUGAAGCUAUACGCUUCUACGAGGACUGGGGCGCGUAUGCCAAAGCUGAUAGACUGAAAGGUUUAAGUAUUUUUUGA